UUCCGAACAAGCAACUUUUCAUAAAGUGCUGCCUUACCAAAUUAUACAUAACUGGCAGCACUGCUUUGUCAUCGUUAUCGGAAACCGCAACGCAACAGUAACGAAGAAAUUCAAUAAACAAACCCGAAUUGGAGGCUUAAAAUAAUAAUAGUAAUUAAUUAUCUGUGAGAUGUCUGGCGAUCAGGAUUUCGAUGCAAAGAAUGGCAUAGUGGAUGGGCCGACGCCCCCACACACGGAACUGGCGGCCCAAUAUAAGCAGAGCUUUGCCUAUUACACGUUCCGGGUGCGAUUACCCUCGACCUUGGCCACCAUUGCCGAUUCCCUGAUCAAGGACAAGGAAGAACUCCUGGCCACAUAUGGAGCAGCAGCGGGCGCGGAUAUUGAACAAACUACAAAGGAAGUGAAGCAGUUGCGCGAGGAUAUUCUGAGCAAUGCGUCCCUGCUGCCCUUUGCAGAGGGAAAUGAUGCCCAGCUGUGGAACACGUUCCUUGACAAGCUGCCAUCAGAGAAGAGAAAUUACUUUGCCGCUUGCUGGCUCUAUGCUGAGUGCUACAUGUACCGCCGCAUCUCGUCCAUCUUCAAGGCCACCAGUCACCUGACCCAGCACGACUACUUCAGCCGGCAGAAGCAGACGGCCGCCCGGCUAAGUGUGGACGCCAUGCUGGCAGUGGCCAGAGCCACGCGGCAGAACGAACGCAGCGCGGAUACCUUCAGGCAGCUGGUCAAAUUGAAUCUGUGGGGCAAUCGCUGCGAUUUGUCAAUCACGUCUGGCAAACAGGUGAAGCCCACUGGCAAUGCCUUCGACCAAGUAACGGAUCUGGAGGAGAAGCUCCUCAUCGAUGGCACAGCGGCGGUGUGGCAAGCUCUGGACGGCGGCUCUAGCGAGGGCAUUGUAGACAUUGUAUUUGACAAUGCGGGAUACGAGCUGUACACAGAUCUAAUCCUGGCCGAGUAUAUUAUAGACAAGGGGCUGGCGGCCAAAGUGCGUUUUUACCCGAAGGCCAUACCUUGGUUCAUUUCGGACGUAAUGGAGCACGAUUACCAUUGGACGAUCCAGUUUCUUGCCGACCAGCCGGAUGCGGUGCUUAGCGAACUGGGAAAGAAGUGGCAGCGUCUCACCAAGGAUGGCAGUUUUGAGCUCUCGCCCCUGGAACACUUCUGGACGAGUCCCUACGAGUAUUAUCGCAUGGCGGAGGUGAACCCAGAGCUCUAUAAACGCCUGGAGGAGGCCCAGCUGGUGAUCUUCAAGGGCGACCUUAACUAUCGGAAGUUGCUUGGCGAUUUCUCCUGGGACAGCACAGAAUCCUUUGAGACCUGUUUAAGAGGUUUCCGUCCCUCGAAUCUCUGCACUUUGCGCACUGUCAAAGCGGAUUUAAUCUGCGGCCUGGGAGCCGGUGUGGCGGAACAGCUCUUUGCCAAGGAUAAGGAAUGGAUGUUAACCGGCGAAUAUGGAGUCAUACAGUUUGCCAGCAAGUGAGAUCACGAGCCAUUUUGUUGAAUUGUUGUAGUCUUAGUUAAUGUAGGCCCAAUUGUUGAACAAUUAAAGCGGAAAAGGAAUUUGAA